AUGAAACGAUCUGCAAAUUUUACAGAAUGGCAAACAAGCAAGCUGCUGUAUUCUUCAUCAACAUGGCAAAAGCAUUUAUACAGAACAGAGCAGAACGUUUCAAAUGGCACUGAACAUAAAAACGAAUGUUUGAUGACCCGACACAGAAGUGAGAGCAAACAGAAAAUGAACAUUGAAUGGGUUUGCUGUGUUUGA